AUGGAUUUCUGGUACAAAGUUUGCUGUUGCUGUUGCCAUAGAGAAGAAGAACUGGAGAAGAAUCCAUUGAUCAUUGGGGACACCCUUCAGUAUAUCAACAAGCUGCAGAAAAGGCGGCGCUCAGAGGCAGUCAACCUGUGGAGUGAGCCUGCCGACAGCACCCACAUGGAACGGGAUGAUGACCACGAGCUCUACACGCUGCUGCAGAAGAGGUCCAAAAUGCACCGGGGAUCAGAGGGCUACCGACGAUUGAGUUUUGAUAUCAGUGCCCAUCGACAGAUCCGUCGGAAGGUGAAGGACCGGUGGAAGCAAGUCCUGGAAGCUUUAGGAUUCAAAGCUGAAGCAGAUGGGCUUCUGGCCAUCACCUCCAGCACCUCCUACGAAUCCCUUCGUAACCCCCAGGAAGCCCGCAGGCUCCACAACGCCUUGGCUGAGCAGACUACGAUUUUUGAUCGUCACCGAGGGGGCCCACCUGAGAGAUACCUCUUUGUCCUGGACCGUCUCCUUCUCCUAGAUGUGGGUGAAGACUUCCUGUCAGCUGCUCGACACUUCUACCCAGUGGAAGAGGAAGGUGAGGGUGGAUCAUCUGGCAAUGAAGGGUUUUCUAGCCCAGAUCCUGUCCUGGUCAAACUGAAUAAUGACGCUCAGGAAGAGGAGGAGGAAGAGGAAGAUGAUGAGUAUGAGGUGGAUGAAGCAGAUUAG